CUACGAAAUAUUCUGGUUACAAGUCGUUGAACGUCAACGUAGAUCUCUUCCACAGCUCAUGAUCUGCUCCUUCGUCACACAAUGUCUGCUCCUCUCGUGCUUCCUGGACAGCCUCUCAAAGCUGUUGCGUCGAGCUCACCCGGCUCAGGCACCCAUUCUUUUUCUGGCGCGCUCAUCUCAUCAGUCGCCGGAACUCUCAAAUCCGCCCCCGCUAAAUCGCAGACGCGGGCCACCGUGAGUGUCGCACGCGCGCCACCAGCACCAGGUCAAGGCAGCGCGAUUCUCCCUGAAGUCGAAUCCAUCGUGCUCGCACGUGUAACACGCCUCUCAACGCGGCAAGCCCAGGUAGAGAUACUGGUCAUCGGAGACAAAGUUUGCCGCGAGGCGUUCCAAGGAAUUGUCCGCAGGGAAGAUGUACGAGCAACGGAGAAGGAUCGCGUGGUCAUUGCAGAUUCAUUUCGGGUUGGAGAUGUAGUGAAGGGAAUUGUAAUCAGUCUCGGCGACCAGAGUUCAUACUACAUUUCGACGGCAUCGAAUGAGCUUGGCGUAAUUAUGGCGACAAGCGAGGCGGGUCAUCAGAUGUAUCCGAUCAGUUGGAGAGAGUUCAAGGAUCCGACAACAGGAGCUGUGGAGACGAGGAAGGUUGCUAAGCCGUUUUGAAGACUGUCAACUGCAGUAGAAGCUUCACGGAACCACUGUAGACGCCCGCAUAUACACGGACUCGGCGCACGACCUCCACAGC